AUGAAACCUCGGUUCAAGGUCUUCUGCGACGACAUGCAACCUGCGAACAUGCUCAUUAACCCAAAUACUCUCCGCAUCACUGCUGUGCUCGACUUCGAGUUUACAAAUAGCAUGCCGGCGCAGUUCAUGUAUGACCCGCCCUGGUGGCUGUUGUUACGGGGGCCGGACAUGUGGCUUGCACGUUACGGCAUGGAUGACUUUCUCACACGGUAUGUGCCUAGGAUGGAACAGUUCCUGCGAGCGCUGGAGCGAGUGGGAGCAAAGUCGGCGUCUGCCGGAGGCGGAAGGCCAGCAGAGGAGCUGCGUCUUUCUGCCCGGAUCCGGGAUUCGUGGAAGACUGGACGUUUCUGGUUCAAUUACGCGGCAAGGACGUGCUUGGAUAUCGACGACAUCUACUGGAACGCUUUGCAUGAUCAGGCAGAUGGUGAUGAUGUCGACUUGCUUGAUACGGCGACGCGGGCAGAGAUAAAGCUGUUGGUACGUAUGAAGAUGAAGCAACGGAAGGCAUACGUAGACGAAUGUGCUAUUCGGUUUCCCAAGGAAGAAUCCGAAUAA